UCGUUUUGCUGCCGUGAAAAAAAGUUUGACUUUCUCACAAUUUUACGUGAAAGAUUCAAGGACUGUAGCCGCAGCUUUGAAGUGUACUGAAGCCAGAGUUGAAGUACUCCUACCUGGUGUAUGCUUGCGUCGCUGGUGGAAAGAAGUUCAUUGCAAAACCAAAUGGGAGCAGACCGUAUCCUGGGAGAUAUAUUUUAAGCCAAUAAAAGACCUUAUUUUAGACUUUUUCUGGGGGAUCAUGCUAUGGAAUUCCCUGUCUCCCCUCUGCUAUCACCCUCUAUCUCUGCUAUCUCUGGUAUUUAUUUUCCACACGGGGACCUCUAAAAACAAACAAAUUUGCCGAAUAAUGACAAGCUGGAGAUUUUCAAUUAAAUGGCAAACAAAAAUUACAAAAUUGCCGGAAAAAUAGCUCUACAGGAUAGGUGUCCAACAGAAAAAGCCGGAAAAACAUCCCAACAGAGACGAGACACGACAACGAAACUCGUGAAAUUUGACCAAAAAAUUCCCCUGCGACAGACACCAUGGGUGAGACGUACUACAUAGGGGUUGAUGUUGGCACUAGCAGCGUUCGAGCGGGCUUGGUGUCUCGCCUGGGGUCUGUGAUGAAAAUGCACACUAUACCUAUCACCAUCUCGAACCCCAAGCCAGACUUUUAUGAACAGGAUUCGGAGGAAAUUUGGAAAGCUGUUUGCGAGGCCGUGAAGUUUGUGACGAGCGAGGUUGCAGAUAAAUCAUCCAUUCACGGCCUAGGCUUCGACGCCACUUGCUCCCUGGUAGUGCUUGACGGCAGCCUUAAACCUGUCACUGUUAGUCCAGCAACAGGGGAGGAUCGAUUCAAUAUAAUGAUGUGGAUGGACCACCGAGCCAAGGAGCAGGCGGACCGCAUCAACGCUGGCGGACAUGAAGUGUUGAAGUACGUUGGGGGGAAAGUGUCCCUCGAAAUGCAAACCCCAAAGCUGCUAUGGCUGAAGACACACCUCAACGAAACCUGGAAACGAGCUGCACAUUUCCUGGACCUGCCAGACUUUCUGACGCUCAGGGCGACGGGGCGGCUGUCUAGAUCCUUGUGUUCGACUGUGUGCAAGUGGACCUACAAGUGCGACGGAAUCAGCCAGGAAUGGGAUUCUGGCUUCUUUAAAGAUGUUGGCCUUGAAGACUUGGCUGAGGAUGGUUGGCGUAAAAUUGGCCAGGAAGUGCUUCCUCCAGGAACGGACUGUGGGCAGCUGUCUGCAGAGGCAGCCGCUCAGUUGGGCCUGUCAGAGUCGACUCACGUGGCUACUUCCCUCAUAGAUGCACAUGCAGGUGGCCUGGCUCUGGUGUCUGCUCAAGCUAGAGUCAAGGAGGACUUGAUUGGGAGACUUGGUCUCAUCUGCGGGACUUCCACCUGCCACAUGUGCGUAAGCGAGCAGCCCAUCUUUGUGCCAGGUGUGUGGGGACCAUACUUGAGUGCCAUGGUGCCUGGCUGCUGGCUCAAUGAGGGAGGCCAGAGUGCCACUGGUGCCCUUGUUGAUCAUGUCAUCAAGAGCCACCCAGCUUCAGGAAAGUGCCCUCAGAGCGACAAGUAUGGCUGGUUAGAGGGCAUCCUGUCUGUCAUGGCGGAGGAGAAAGGUCUCGCCCACACCUCUCUGCUCACCAGAGAUGUGCAUGUCUAUCCAGACUUCCAUGGGAAUAGGUCACCUCUUGCAGAGCCCUCUAUGAUGGGCAUGGUGUGUGGUUUGACUCUGGAUGUGAGUGAAAGAAACUUGGCUGUGCUUUACUUGGCCACAAUUCAAGCACUAUCUUAUGGGACGAGGCACAUUAUAGAGCAACUACAAGCAUCGGGCCACGUCAUUACAUCAGUCCUCAUGUGUGGGGGACUCUCCAAUUCACCGCUCUUUAUCAGCACCCAUGCAGAUGCACUGGGUGUUCCUGUGCUGAUCCCAGCCACCAAACAGUCUGUACUUCUGGGGUCAGCCAUGCUAGGUGCCGCUGCCUCAGGAGACUUCCCUGACUUGACCUCAGCUGCAAUUGCAAUGGGUGGGGCAGCACAGGCCUUCCAUCCAAGGAAGGAACUGAAGGAAUACCAUGACAAGAAGUACGACAUCUUCAAAAGGAUGCAGUCGGAACAGCUGGAGUACCGUCGCACAAUGGGGAACAUUUAACAGCACCUCAUUAUUACAGUUCCCUUUGUCCAAUAUUACAUUUUAAGAUUGGUGUUAACUUGUAAUGAUAUACAUUUUACUUCCUUGUAAAUCCCUGUAAGUUUUAUUCCAAAAAUGAUAAAGCUGCAUAUUUCAUUUUAGUAUUUUGAUAACAAGGAAUUCUAAGCGGUACAAAAUACAGUUACAUUAGAUACAUUUCACGUAUUAUACAUAUUUUUCAAGCUUGUUAAAAUUAGCUAUGUAUUAAUUCUUAAAAGUAUUGUUGAAUGAAUAUGCCAUUUUGCAAAAAUGAUACAUAGUUGUAUGUAAAUAUCUUAUUAGAGAUAUAGAAGUGGUAUAUAUCUUUCACUUUUGCAAGUUAAUUUUAAUACAGUAAUCCUCCACAUUGUACAGCUACAGCAUGCAUCAGGCUAAUGGCAUUAGGAAAACAACUAAUUGGUAUGUAAAGCUUAAUAUAGACUCUUAUCUGUUGAUGAGAAAAAGCUUUUUAAGUUUAUACUCUAAAUUAUAUGCAGGGAUACAUACAUAAGUAAAAACAUACAGUUUUGUAUUGCAUACAUACACUUAUGCAUAUAUAUAUAUAUAUAUAUAUAUAUAUAUAUAUAUAUAUAUAUAUAUAUAUAUAUAUAUAUAUAUAUAUAUAUAUACCUACAUAUGUACAUACGUUAAUACAUUCAUACACACAUACAUUCAUACACACAUACAUACAUACAUACAUACAUACAUACAUACAUACAUACAUACAUACAUACAUACAUACAUACAUACAUACCCUAUACUUAUAUGCACACUGUACAUAUACAUAUAUGCACAUAUGUAUGUAUGCAUUAAUGUAGUUAUAUAUAAUGUCCAUAUUACUGUUCAAGGUUUUUAUAUAGAUUGUUAUUGAAUAUGUAUCAUAUAUAUGCAGAUUGUUAUUUUAUUACUAAUGUAAGGUUUUAUAAUAUUUCAUUAGUGCAGCUUCAAGCUUAGUUUUUUUAUGGCCAUCAUAUAUCUUAAAUAUUCUUGUCAUUUUUCCUUUUAUCUCCAAAGUUUCUGUAUAAUUACAUUCCAAAAGUAUUCAUAAAUUGCAAAAUUGGAAAAUAUUUCUCCAGUCAAUAUCCAUAGAAAUAUGUGAUACUGGAUAUAGUUAUAAAUUUUAUACAUUCCAUUUAUCAUAAGAAAUUUUACAUAACAUUUGUAUCCUUAUAGAGUACAAAAAAAAUAAUUUUGAAUUGUAGUGGUUCAAGGUAAAGGAACAGCCUUUGUUUAGUAUUGUAAAAUUAAAAAUAAAUUGUUGAUUUUGUUACAUUUUUGUUUUAUUGUUGUUAUUGUUACUGUUUUCUUCUUUUUGUUCCUCUUCUCUUUUCCUGUGUCUUAUCUCCUUCCAGAAAUGUUGAUAAAUUUAUUUAACAUUCCAUAUUUACUCAAAUGAAAAGUAUGUAUUCUAGUUAUUAUUAUUAUAAUUUCCUGUAUAUCUUGAAUGCAUUUCUCUGUCACUUUUUUCAGUAUAUAUAUCAAGGAACUUUUUCAAAACAAAAAUUUGGCCUCCUUUUUCUGUAUUAACCUCCCCCCCCCCUCAAAAAUGUGGGGAUAUGGAUGCAUUGUCUCCCUUAUCUCUCUUAUCUUAUGGUUUAUCCGGGUCUUUUGUAAUUUAAACUUUAACCAAUAUUUUUGUCGUUUCUUUACCAUUCCUGACAUUUUUUGUGUGCUAUUUUUCUUCUAGAAUUAACAAUUCUUCACAAGAUUUUAAUUUAAUAGAAAUAUGCCUAUUUGCGAGGGUCUUAUUACCCCCUGUAGCCUUAUAUGGAAUUUUAUAGACAGUUAAAAAUAAACUAAAGAAUCCUUC